CCACUACACCGUGGGCUGUCUUUGCGAGGAGAUUGCCUCGGACAAGGAGGUGCGGCUCAGCAAGCAGACCAUCGCAGCGAUUUCGGAGAAAAUUUUGCCCAAGACCUUGAAAUGUUUGCAAGACAUGCGAAAAGAAGCACAAUUAACACGGAAGAUGUGAAGCUCUUAGCCAGGAGGAGUAAUUCACUGGCAUGAUUAUGAGGAAGUGAACUUCAGAAGCAAGUGCACAUGAAUUGCAAAGGAAGAGCAAAUCUGCUCUAAGCACAGGCAAAGAAAGACCUGCGUCUUUAAUGAAGGGUUACGUCCCAUCCAAAAUUGCUCUGGCAUAUGCGUCACUGCUCAAGUGUGAGGGAAGGGGGGUGCAGGCUUUACACAGGUAUGUAUACAAAAAAACAGCUGCAGGUUGAGCUAAAAAUACGCCCCCGUCUCCAAAGAAGAGACCCACGUCCACAAAACACCGAUUUCAGGGCUGCUGAGCAAGAUGAGCGGCCACAGAGCCGGAGAGGAGCGCCAGCCUGCCCGCAGCAUGCCGCUGCCGCUCUGCCUGCUGCUGCUGCUCUCCGCAGCCACCGCCGCCCUUCCCCUGAAAGGCCGGGACAGCGACGGGCAUACGCAGGAAGUGGCAGAAAUAAAGAAAAACAGCCUGUUGACUUUCCUUGCUUGGUGGUACGAGUGGACCUCCCAGGCCGGUGCAGCGCCCUUCAUGGGAGGGGAAGCCAGGGAGGUGUCCAAACGGCAGGGAGGCCCGCCCCCUCAGCAGUCCACGCCCCCAGAGAAGGUGCCCUGCAAGAAUUUCUUCUGGAAGACCUUCUCCUCCUGCAAGUAAAACUCCACUGAUGACGCGUGCAAGGAAGUGUAACCA